AAAAGCGAACACCAACCUGCAAGGGGCAAUCGCGCUGCCGCCAACCGGUUGUUCCCGACCCAACAUUACAGAUUUUUUUUUUUUAGAUUUUUGGUGUGGUUCGUUUCCUUGUGUUGUGCGAGUCAGGGGGAAAAGGAAAGAUGAAACCGGGGCCUUGGAGAGAAAGGGGACUUGACGGACAUGCCGAAUACUCUGGAGAGCAAACAUUGCCGGGUAGUGAGUUACCCCGCAGAUCGCUGGGGAACGCGCAGGACGGGCAGGGGAGGGAAAGGGAAUCAAGACAACAAUCAGGCCGACCAGUUCGCUGACAUAUCCUUUCUUAACCGCCGAAAUGGGGUUUCCCCUUUCCACCGCGGCUGGGGGUUGGAUGUUUGUGUCGCUUUGACUUGCCCGAGCUGGCGGCAAGUGCAUGAGCUAACUCAGAGUGGCCCGAGGUUGGUAUGGGAGUCUUCCGGUUGGUUGUGCGUGUGGUUGCUCGAAGCCCCGAAUACGACGGGACGGGCGGGCGGGCGUUUGUUCAUCUUUUGUGGGUUGUUGAUAUCGGGACGCAUGGCGGCAUCUGCCUUCACCUCCAACUGCUUCUCAGUCAAGAGAAUGGAUGUUUCAUGUGGCGGCUUGGAAUGGCCUCUGGGUCUGCUUGCCUUGGACACUGUUGGGCUACUUGUAAGUUGGUGGACGUCAAUGAAGAGUCCGGCCCCGUGGGGUUGGUCGCGGCUCACAACAGUCGGUGCCCAACAAACAGCCCUAUCACGUCCGCAUUACGGCACGCUGCAGGUCAUUUCAAGUUGCAGAAUGGCGCAUCCGCUCGUGCAACCCGGGAUCGAGCUCGGAGCGGCCGACAAAUGUGAUCGCAGGGUUCACCGGGUUUUGGUCAUCUCGGGUAAUUCGGAGUCAUGACGACGACGCGAUGGCAUUGCAUGACACGUCUGUUAAACUGAGUUGCGAUUGCUGCCCGGCGAGGAUCGGUCCGUCGUGGGAAGCCCUUCUGGGCAAAAGAUGGGCGGGCAUGGCGAGUAUCACACAGUAUGGGGACGGGUGUACCUGCGAGGACGGCGUAUGCAACCACCCGGGGUCAAAUCUCUGGCCGUUUGCGCCUACGACACUGCAUGUUGGGCGCGCCUCAAAGUCUUUUGC